GGAUGAUAAAGGCCUUAGUGUCUAUUCCUGAGAUUGCGUUAGUCUAUUAAGAUUUGUCGGGUGCCCUUUAGUAACUUCUUGAUUUCUAAAACAUACCGUUGUUAAAAAUAAAUAAAUGAUUAUUUGUUUUUGAAAGGAGGUAGAUUUGGAAUUAACCGCGAGGAUUAUUAUCAGCAUUUAUUUUUAGAUUAGAUAUACCAAUCAUAAUAAGAUUUAUCACAAAGUGAUUAGUUUUGUUCUCUCUGUUGACUUAGUCAAACCGUAUUCUUACUAUAAUUUAAUAAAAUCAAUACAUUUUAAGGAAGUGAACGGAAAACAAACCAGAAAAUGAAUAUGAUACUAGCACAAAGUGUAAUUGUUCUUCUGAAUUUAUGUUUUUCAAUGGCAUUUCUAUCAGCUGCAACUCCACCAACUUCAACUCCACCACCUACAACUCCACCACCUACAACUCCACCACCUACAACUGCAUCACCUACAACUCCACCAACUAUAACUCCACUACCAUCAGGUUGGAAUACAAUUGAUUCAAGACCAUUGCCUGCUUGGUUUGAUGACGCAAAAAUUGGUGUUUUCAUCCACUGGGGUGUAUAUUCGGUCCCCAGUUACCAAUCCGAAUGGUUUUGGAUGGAUUGGAAAGGCAAUCCAAGUCCUAAUAAGGAAGCGCAGAAAAAAAUAGAAAAGUUUAUCGAAAACAAUUUUCGCCCUGGAUUCACAUAUCAGGAGUUUGCAGAACAGUUCACAGCUGAAUUUUUCAAUGCGACACAAUGGGCUGAUUUAAUUGAAAAAUCAGGAGCCAAGUAUGUAUUGCUUACAAGUAAACACCAUGAUGGAUAUGCUCUUUGGCCAUCGAAAUAUUCUUACAGUUGGAACUCUGUUGAUGUUGGGCCACACAGAGAUAUUGUUGGGGAAUUGGCAGAAGCGAUCAAAGUAAAAACAGAUAUACGUUUUGGAUUGUACCAUUCAUUGUAUGAAUGGUUCAAUCCUCUUUGGAUGUCUGACAAAGCUAACCACUUCAGAACAGACGAUUUUGUUGUUAAUAAAGUUUACCCUGAGAUGAAAGAAUUGGUCAAUAAAUACCAACCAGAAAUAUUCUGGUCUGAUGGUGAAUGGGAAGCUAGUGCUGAUUACUGGAAGUCGAUUGAGUUUUUGACCUGGCUAUACAACGAGAGUCCCGUUAAAGACACUGUAGUUGUAAAUGAUAGAUGGGGCCAUGAUACGCUUUGCAAACAUGGUGGUUACUAUACUUGCAAGGACAGGUACAACCCAGGGACAUUGCAAAACCACAAAUGGGAAAAUGCCAUGACGAUCGAUUCUAGCACCUGGGGCUACAACAGAGUGUCUAACAUAGAUGACUAUUUAACACCACAAGACCUGAUUGACACUUUAGUAUCUACAGUCGCAUGUGGAGGAAACAUGGUAAUGAACGUUGGACCUGCCAAAGAUGGAACAAUAAAUCCAAUUUUUCAAGAAAGGCUCCUCCAGGUUGGAAGUUGGUUAAGAAUAAAUGGUGAAGCCAUUUAUGGGUCGAAGCCCUGGAACAAAUGCCAAAAUGAUACAGUUGUACCUUAUGUUUGGUAUACGUCUGCUUCUGAUGAUGGUGCAUUGUAUGCUAUAAUGCUGAGAUGGCCAAAAACGAAUAUGCUUUACUUAGGGUGUGUCAAUAGCACUCAAAAAGUCCAAGUCACCAUGUUGGGAUUUAAACAACAACUACCAACAUCUGCCGGCAGACUAAUGAAAAUAAGUCUACCUGACAAAUCACUAAUAUCCUGGGAAUGGGGUUGGGUACUGAAAAUCGAAAUUCAAGGAUAUAAAGUGUACAAUCUUUAACUCAUAAUAAUACGAAUAUAUCGACUAUAAACUAAUUCAGUAGUUAUCAACAAUGUUUAUUGAAUUUAAAUAAAAACAAAUAAUAAAACAAUAUAUUUGUAAAAACAA